UUUUCUCAGCAGUUGACAUCAAGCAGAUCCAUGAACAUAAGUGGAAACCACACCUCUGUGACCAUGUUUGUUCUCCUAGGACUCUCAGAUGACAAAGAGCUUCAGCUCAUCCUCUUUCUAGUCUUCCUGGCAAUCUACCUUGUGACCCUGAUUUGGAACCUGGGCCUUAUCAUCCUCAUCAGGAUGGACUCUCACCUGCACACACCCAUGUACUUUUUUCUCAGUUUCCUGUCAUUUAUAGACAUCUGCUAUUCUUCUACCAUCAGCCCAAGGAUGCUUUCAGACUUCUUAAAAGAUGAGAAGACAAUUUCUUUCUUUGCCUGUGCCACUCAGUAUUUUGUUGGGUCCUGGAUGGGUCUGGCUGAGUGCUGCCUCUUGGCUGUCAUGGCCUGUGACAGAUAUGUGGCCAUUGGCAGUCCUCUGCAGUACUCAGCCACCAUGGUCCCUGCUAUCUGUUGGAAGAUGGUGGCUGGAGCCUAUGGGAGUGGAUUUGUUAGUGGCUUAGUUCAAACAGUUCCUUGCUUUAAUCUCUACUAUUGUGGGCCAAAUAUCAUCCAACAUUUCUUCUGUAACAUACCUCAGAUUAUUUCCUUGUCUUGCUCUAAUUCCUUUAUCAGCCAAAUGACUGUUUUUCUGGUAGCUAUUUUUGUUGGCUUGGGCACUUUGCUUGUUAUCCUGGUGUCCUACGGUUUUAUUGUAGCUUCAAUACUGAAAAUGUCCUCAACCAAAGGUAGUGCCAAGGCCUUCAAUACCUGUGCCUCCCACCUAGUAGCUGUGACUCUCUUCUACGGCACAGCCCUUUCUGUGUACAUGCGUCCCAGCUCUAGCCAUUCCAUGAAGCAGGACAAGGUGCUCUCAGUAUUCUAUGUUACUCUUAUCCCCAUGUUAAACCCUCUGAUCUAUAGUUUGAGGAACAAGGAAAUCAAAGAGGCCCUCAAGAGGGUGAUAAAUGGGGCAACACAUUUACAUUAGUAAGAACAAUAUUUGGGUAGAUAUUGCUAUUGUUAUAAGGAAGAUAGAAGCAAGAAUAUGUAAGUGACUCUUUGUAGGUCACAAGAAUAGCUAGGUAGAGAGAAGAAGUACAACCUUUACUUCCUGGACUUCUGGUGCCAUUGUGGUCAGCCACCACCAAGUGAUCUGUUUGAGACAGUGUCACUGACACUGAAUACAGUUUAAAAAGUCAGUUUCCAUGAUUAGAACCCAGGUAGAUUAAACCCUAAAAGGUGAUUGUGUUUUUGAGAACAGAGGUACUGGUAAAUAUUAUAUGUAGAAAAAUGGCAAGAACCUAGGAUGCCGUACUGUGUUUUCAUUGUUGAUUUUCUUUAACUUUCAUUUUAGGUUCAGGGAUACAUGUGCAGAUUUGUUAUAUAGGUAAAGUCAUGUCACCCAGGUUUGUUGUACAGAUACUAAGCCUAGUACCCAAUGGUUAUUUUUUUCUGUUCCUCUCCUUCCUCUCACCCUGCACACUCACAAGGCCCCAAUGUCUGUUGGUCCCUUGUGUUCAUGAAUUUUCAUUAUUUAGGUCCCACUUAUAGGUGAGAACAUGUGGUAUUUGGUUUUCUUUUUCUGUGUUACUUUGCUAAGUAUAAUGGCCUCUAGCUUCAUCCAUGUUCCCACAAAAGCCAUAAUCUCAUUCUUUUUUCAUGGUUACAUAGUAUUCCAUGGUGUACAUGUACCACAUUUUCUUUAUCCAGUCUCUCUUUGAUAGAAAUUUAUAUUUCAUGUAUUUGCUAUUGUGAGUAGUGCUGCAAUGAACAUUCGUGUACAUGCUUCUUUAUGGUAGAAUGAUUUCUGUUCCUCUGGGGAUAUAUUCAGUAAUGGGAUUGUUGGAUCAAAUGGUAGUUCUGUUUGCAGCUUUUUGGGGAAUCACCAUACUGCUUUCCACAAUGGUUAAACUAAUUUAUACUCCCAUCAACAGUGCAUUAGCAUUCAGUUUUCUUUGCAACCUUGU